AUGUCGACAUCAGCCGAGCAGUCGACCACGCCAGCCGCUUCGGGUGCUGGAUCGACAGCGGCUGGUUUCGAUCUCGACAUUGAGCAGAAGCCUUACACUGAUGCAUAUACCUAUGGAGCGACCGGAUAUUGUAAUUUCACUGGUUCCAGCGCUACUCCAUAUUUCCCUUCUUAUAACUCAUUUCCCACAAGCACAGCUUCUUCGGCAGUAGGAUCAAUGUAUCCACAUCAAUUUUCGAUGUAUCAAGCUCAAGCCAGCAGUCCUGAAGACCAGAUGACGGCAAAAAUCAUUGAAGGAAGCGAGGUGAAGAUCAACGGCAAAGGAAAGAAGGUACGUAAACCGCGCACGAUCUACAGCUCGGCGCAGUUGCAAAUGUUGCAACAGCGCUUCGAGAAGACCCAAUACCUCGCAUUGCCCGAUCGGGCUCAACUAGCCACCGAACUCGGCCUCACGCAGACUCAGGUGAAAAUCUGGUUUCAAAAUCGUCGAUCAAAGCAAAAGAAGCAAGGCAAGGGCGGCGGGAGUGACAAGAAUGGGUCCGAUGAAGAAGCGGAGGGUGAAGACGAAGGAUCGACAGGAGAAGGAGUCCAUUCGCCGAUGGGUGAGCAAUCGGAUACGACAAACGAAUUGGGAGUUGGUGGUGGAUCGCCGUCGUGUAUUGGCGGUUGGCCUCCAGUGAGUCUCACCGCGGUCACGCCACUCGCCUCGGCCGUCGGUGUCAGUAGUGGAUCCCUCUCUGCCGCUCUCACGCCCACCGGUACUGGGGCAACACUGACCCCACUGGGCGCUUCAUUGCCUCCACCAGGACUCUCUUCGAUGGGCACCUCUCAUCUAAUGCAACUCUCCUCUCCACUUGCUCCUCAGUCAUUCCAACUCACAUCAUCGUCGGCUUUCCCCGCUCAACUCUCCACUAUACAUCAAUUCUCUUUCGAUAACAAAUAUCAAGGUAUGGAAGAUGCGAAACAAGUGUUGUAUCCAGAUCCUUAUUCAGCCGCUCAGUAUCCCUAUCCGACUCAAUAUCAAUAUUACGGACACACUGGUUAC